AUUCUUCUCCCCGCAGUGCAGAGGCGGUGCUGGGGAGGGAGCGGUGCCAGCGUGCGAUUCCCAGCCGAUGGGAAGCCCCUGGACGCGCUGAGGGGCCGGGCUGCUAGCGGCUGAGAAGAUGAUGCAUCCUGUUGCCAGCAGUAAUCCAGCUUUCUGUGGGCCUGGCAAGCCUUCGUGCCUCAAUGAAGAUGCCAUGGGAGCUGCUGAUCAAUUUGGCAUAUAUUCCUCCCAGCAAAGCAAAUACAACCACACAGUCAGCCACAAACCAAUGGCAUGUCAGAGGCAAGACCCAUUAAAUGAAACACACUUGCAGACUACAAGUGGCAGAAGCAUAGAAAUAAAAGAUGAACUAAAGAAAAAGAAAAAUCUCAACCGAUCCGGUAAGCGAGGCCGGCCUUCUGGAACCACCAAAUCAGCAGGAUACCGGACCAGCACAGGCAGACCCCUGGGAACCACCAAAGCAGCUGGAUUUAAGACAAGUCCAGGCAGACCUUUGGGUACAACUAAAGCUGCAGGAUACAAAGUCAGCCCAGGGAGACCUCCAGGUAGCAUUAAAGCUCUAUCCCGUCUUGCUGAUCUUGGUUAUGGCUGUGGCACUGCUGCUUUUCCUUACCCUAUGAUGCAUGGCAGAGUAGUUCACGGGGUAGAGGAAACCAGCAAUGAAGUCAAGCCACCCAAUGAGUGAAUGAGCAGGAAAGGAGGGCCAGGUUUAGAAGGAAGAUUGUGAAUAAUCCCAAAGCUUCUUGGUUUUAUUUUUACAUACAUGAUUUUAUGGCCUGGGCUUUACACAUUUGUUUCCCCAUUUGACUUUUCCCUGCUUUUGCUUAGAAGCUGCCAUAUGCGGACAGGUGCACUCAGGGCAUGAGCAGUGGCAUUGUGUUUGUACAUAGGUUCAAGUGUCACACCUAACUAAAUCAUUUUUGCUUUUCCUUUAGAGUUAUGGUUAUGUCUCAUGUUUCAUUACUAUUGUUGGGCCAUUCUUAAUAGAUGCUUUAUACACUAAACAGCUGAAACCAUUAUAACUAUUAGUUUGUGAAGUACAAUAUAAUAAAGACACUAUCUUGAGGUAUUUUUAACUGAUGGAGCAAAGCAAACUAAUGAUUCAGGAUUACUUGAGGUAAUGACUGAGUUUUUGUAACAUUUAUUUUCAUGAGGCAGAACACAGAUAUUUGUAUGUGUUGGCAUUUACAUAAACUGCAGAUGUUAAAAAACUUAUUUUUAAUGUUCUAGGUUUAAGCAGCUUAUUUAUUUAUCUGCGUGACAUUAAUUGGUUUAACCAUUAAUGUUUUCUUUCAGCAGUGAUAAAAGUUGUGUAUUUUUUAAUUGCCUAAGAGCGUAUAUACCAAACAUGACAAAUAAUGCAUAUUGACAAAAAAUUGAAACUAUUUUAUGAACAACCGCACAUUACAUUUUUAGUGAAAUACAAUGCAUCCUGAGAAGAGCAUAUUUAAUAUAACAAAAAAGAAACAUUCCUAAAGUCUGCAUAUAGCUACAGUCACUACAUUUUGUGUUUCAUAUACUUACUGAGUUUUAAAGCAUUAUGAUUAGUGUUGCUUGUUUAUUUGGAAUUUUUUUUAGUUUUCCUGAGAAAUACUCCCAUUGCAUUAGCACUUACUGUGUUUUCAGGUUUAUAUCUACCAAAGGACACAAAUUUAACGGUAGACUGUAAAACUGGUAUAAACAGAAUGUAGUUUCCUGACUGUCAAAACCCAAAUAUUAAGAAAUAUACAGGAAUCCAUCUAUGCAUGAAAAAUGUAGAAAUAUGUUGGUUAUUUAAUUUAAAACCUUAUUGUGGAUCCUGGGAGACCACUUCGUCCAAAAGAAGAAUUUUGUUUUUCCAACAAUGUUUGCUUUAAAAGCAAAAUGGAUAGAAAAGGAAAAAAAUUACUGGGUAGAUAUAUAUAAUAGGGACAGAGGGGAAUCUCUUUUUCCCCCUUUUCUGAAAAUAAUAUUCCUUGUUAAUACACAUUUUAUUUAUUCUGAGUUCUAAAUAGAAUAAAUUAUUAUAAUCUUUGGAUUUGAAAAAAAUUCCACUGAACUUUAAAAUUAACAAUGUACGUACUUGCAAUUUAAUUGCCUUUGUGAUUAUGAUGUAGAUUUGCAGGACCCAAAAACUUUAAAAAUAAUUAUAAUUUUGAAAGGGCACAUACUGUGUUUUUUUGGCUUGCUCUCAGUUAAUGCAAACUCCGAUUGCAAAUGGAUGUCAUGUUUCAUACCUUUUUUAUCAGGAAAAAAGCAGCAAGCCUUCAGGUGUUCCAGUGAUGCCUGACACAAUGAGCUGGACUAUGCUGCUCUUUACAGUAAGAGGUGUUGCAUUGUAUGUGGGGAUUGUGUGUACUGGCAUCUAAGACAGUGACCUCAACAAUUUUAGCAUUGCACAAACCAUAGAGAACAAUGGUGGAUGACUACAUAAUCAGUUGUAUCAUUCUGGCAGCUAAAUCACUACAAGAGUUUGUUCUUGCUGAGGCUUAAAGUAUGAAAUUUUUAAUAAUUUCCUCAGAACAGUAUAACUUCUGACACACACAAAUGCUUAACAUCUUUAUUCAUAUGUUCAUCUAUCCAUUUUUAUUAUGUAUCUGUCAUUUAGCUGUUUCUCAAGAUCAUGUUCACCAUUUGGGUGCGUAGAAAUCCUUUUGAACUUGUUCCUGAAGACAGUUGUUUAAUUAAAUAUUCUACUUUAGAAUAAUAUAUACCAUUGUCAAGAAUUUGAUUGCAUGUUGUAUUUUAUAGUCAGUUCAUUUGACAUUUCCCUUUCAGUUUAUUUGCAUUCCUGAUUUUGUUAUACGGACCCCCUGUCCUUUCCUGUAUUCAUCCUCCUCACCCCUGAGCCCCCAGCACAUCUAAUGAGUGGUGCUGUGCUGUGUGUCAGAAGAUAAAGCAGGUGUAUUAUUGUAUAAUGAGUUUUGUAUACAUGCUUAUGAAAUGGUAAAAUCAACUAAAGGAGGUAUGUUCAUAACAGUGUUUAUUAAUAUUAGGACCUAUAUCCCAGGGAAAAAAGCGGGGAGGGUGGCUGCAGUUGUGAAUGGAUAACAUGGUUUAGAAACCUGAAUUUGCUGUUCAUGGAAGCAGUUACCUGUAGCAUUAGAUCUGUUUACUGGUGAGCAUUUCCUGAUUCCACUUAUUUUUCUCCUGGUGAACAGUUAACUGGUGCCAUGCUAAAGAGAAAGACACCUAAGUGAUAACAUACAUGAAGUCUUAAAAUACAAGAUAUUUUUACUUCUGUAUAAUCUAAAGACUACAUUGUGCAUCUUCUGUAAUACUGUCUCUUGUCAUGAUAAACACUGAAAUAGCAUGUUAAAUGAUUGCCUAUACUUUAAUAUAAUCAGUUGGGGAAAACGGACCUUUUUUCCUACUGUGUGGGUUGUUCCUUGAAAGAUAAAUUGCUAAUUUUAUACUGUGUAAUUCUGUUCUUCACAAAAUAGGUUUCACUAUUCUGUAUUAAAACUCUUGGUCAGAAAAUGAUCUACUAUUAAAGUAAGUUUGUUUUACAUUUUUCUUUAAAAAUAUUUUAACAUGCCUUAUUUAUUAUUGUUAUAUUAACAAAUAAGGAGCUACUACAUAUGAAAUUUUCAUUUUUUGACAGAUACAACUUUGCAUAACCAAUCUUUAGUAUGGGAUGAUUUUGAUACUAUCUUUGGAGUUUUGCACUGGAUAUUAAAAAAAUACUGGCACAUUGUAUUGGAAGAAAAUAAGUAGUAUCUGGUUAAUUUUUAAUAUUUGGGAACAUUUUUAAAGUCAUUGUUUUAGUUAGGCAAAAAAAUUCCUAAGAUUUUUUAUUUACUUUUAAAAGAAACAUGUCAAAUUAAUGUUCAUUCCAAACUCAUAUUUGUGUGAAUUUACAUGCACAUUUUCAUGAAGUAAGAAGAGAGUUUCUUUGAGUUGAGGAGAAGAAUUUUUGGAUCCAUUUAUUAGGCCAAGAGUGAUCCAUCCAGUGUAAGAAUAACGACAGUAUAUGAGCUAAAAAAACAAAAGCAAACUUCUCCUUAUUACUAUAAGAAGCUUUAAAAGAAUAAUUCAGGGGAUGCUGAUAACUGGUACUCUGUCAUUGUCUCUAUAUGCAGUAAAAUUUUAUGAUCCCUUUAUAGUGAAAUAUAAGGAUUCACAGUAGUUACUAAAAACAUUUUUUCCUUGGACAUAACAUUUUUUUGACUUUUAUGUUUUUGUUUUUAAGUAUAUGCUAUUAAACUCUAGAAUGUAUCUAAAUCUUUCCUUUGCUUUCCCUCCUACCCCCCCGACACCCAAGUAGAUAAACCUGUGCUUUCAGAUAUAAAUGUAUUUAAUUUUUUGGAAAUUUUAAUGCUAUAGUAAAUCAAGUGUGUGAUUUAUAGUAAUCAGACCACUCUGAUUCUUUAAGUUUUCACAAUAUUCUCUUCUACAGAUAAUUAUAGAGAAAAGAAUUACCAAUUAACUGAUAUAAGCACGCUGUCCUCUGCUGUAAAAAGUCUGAAUAAAUACUGUGUAUGUUUUUCUGUC